AUGUCAUUUUUAAGAGGAUCAGCAAAUUAUGUUUGGUGUACUACUAGUGUCCUUGGAAAAGGUGCAACUGGAGCGGUUUUUCAAGGAGUCAACAAAAAUAAUGGAGAACCUGUUGCAGUGAAAACAUUUAAUCAAAUUAGUCAUAUGAGACCUCAUGAUGUUCAAGUUAGAGAAUUUGAAGUACUAAAAAAAGUUAAACAUGAAAAUAUUGUCAAAUUGUUAGCUAUUGAAGAAGAGCAGGAAGGAAGAGGAAAAGUAAUUGUCAUGGAACUUUGUACUGGAGGAAGUUUGUUUAAUAUUUUAGAUGACCCAGAAAAUACUUAUGGAUUGCAAGAAGAAGAAUUUUUACUAGUUGUUGAACAUUUAUCAGCUGGCAUGAAACAUUUAAGAGAUAAUAAUUUAGUUCAUAGAGACCUAAAACCUGGUAAUAUAAUGAAAUUUAUUUCUGAUGAUGGAACUACUAUUUAUAAAUUAACCGAUUUUGGAGCUGCUAGAGAAUUAGAAGAAGAUCAACAAUUUAUGUCAUUGUAUGGCACAGAAGAAUAUUUACAUCCUGAUAUGUAUGAAAGGGCAGUUUUAAAAAAACCAGUAGGUAAAACUUUUGGAGCAACUGUUGAUUUGUGGUCAAUUGGGGUUACAUUAUAUCAUGUAGCAACUGGUAAUUUACCAUUUCGUCCCUACGGAGGAAGAAGAAAUAAGGAAACUAUGUAUUACAUAACUGCAAAAAAAGCAUCUGGGGUAAUUUCUGGCAUUCAAUCAACAGAAAGUGGGCCUAUUGAAUGGAGUAAGGAGCUUCCUAAUAAUUGUCAAUUAAGUGCAGGUAUAAAAAAAUUGGUUACUCCUUUGCUGGGUGGACUACUCGAAGUUGACCCUCAAAGGAUUUGGAAUUUUGAAAGAUUUUUUAAUGAAGUAACAAAUAUUUUAUCAAGAAAAUUAAUUCACAUAUUUCAUGUAAAUAAUCUUCAAAUGAUUAGAGUUUAUUUACAUCCAGAAGAAACAUAUGAUGAAUUACAAAAUUUAUUAACAGAGCAAACUGAUAUUACUCCACAAAAUCAAAUUUUAUUAUUGAAAGAAAAACCAUUGUUGUCAAUAGUUGAAGAAACAACUUUAGGCAAAGGAUAUCCAAAGUUUGAUGAAAUGGAACCAAUUAUGCUGUUUAGUAAAGAAAAUAAUAAUGUUAAUGUAAUUUUAGAAAAUGAUGGCCCUAAAUUUCCAUCAUUUCAAAAUACCAUAUCUGUUGAAAGUGAUGCUAGUUUGGGUAAAGUUGCCUGCAGUGUUGGUCAUGUAUGUAAAAGAAAAAUAGAAAAAAUUUCUAAAGCUAGUAAAUUCUGUCAUAAUUGUGUGCAAUCAUUCACUACAGCCAUUUCCAAUGAUUUAGAUAGGGUUGUAGCUAAAAGUGAAAAAUUGAAAGAAAUGACAAAAUAUGUUGAAAGAACUGUGUUUAGUACUGUACAAGCUGAUAAAGCUACUAAAGCUCUCACUGAUUUUAUGUCCAUCAAGUAUAGUGAUUCAAAUGAUAAUUUUAAGGGUAAUGAAUUAUCAAAUGAAUUUUCAGUUUUAAGUCGAGAACUAUUAAGUGAGCUGGGUCCAGCGAUACAGCAACUGCAUCAAAGGUACGGAGUAGAAAAAACGUUAAAACAAGAAUGGGUAAAACUAGUCAAAACUCUCAAUUGUCCUAUGGAAACAAGGGCUCCUGCCCGAGCUAGAACGUUAGUAGAAAGACUAAGAGAUUCUUGGCAACAUUUGCUACGUGAUAGAGCGUCGAGAAGUUUAACGUACAACGAUGAGCAAUUUCAUGUUUUAGAAAGGAUUAAAGUCGGAGAAACUGGAAAAAGACUCAAAAAUCUGCUAGAAUUAGAGUGUCAGCCUGAAAUUACACAAUUGGCCGAUGCAUUAGCGGAUUGGUAUAAAGUUGCUCAAACGGUUUACUUGCAAGCCAGGAUUUUAGAUAAAGACGUGGAUGCUUACGAAAAAUGUCUUGAAGAUUUUGCCACAAAACAUUCUUACUACCAUAAAAAUUCUUUGUUUAAAUUACAAGAAACAAUCGAAAAAUUAAAAAAUGAGAUUCUCGAUUUAAAAGGUAAAAAAAAACCGGCGAAAAACGAAACGGAAUAUUUUCAAUCGUUUAUGAAUAGCCUGAGUGAUAUGAUUGCAAUACAAAAUGAAAUUAGCUUAUAUUUAAAAGAUAAUUCUUCACUAGUGUACGAAUUUCAACAAUUACUAAGAAAUUUACCGUUAAAUAACGAUCAAACUGAUAAAUAA